AUGGUGCGCAGAAGGGUUGAAAUCAAGAAAAUCGAGGAGAAAUCGAGGAUGUACACAACUUUCACAAAGAGACGUCAAGGACUCUUCAAGAAAACCAAAGUUUUGUGCACAAUGUGUGAAGCUGAAGCGGCGGUUCUCACUUUUUCCAAGGCGGGAAACGCCUUUUUCUUCGGCCACCCUUCUGUGGAGUCCGUGGUGAAUAGGUAUGCCGCGGGUCCUUCUUCUCCGGCGAGCACUAACACUGGAAUCGAGGGAAACGAACAUGAGGUGGUGGCGGCGUCGAUAUCCGAGGCCGAGAAGAAGAUUGUGGAGUUGAUGGGGAAAGGAAGGGCGGCUUGGGAUAAUGGAGUUAGAAAUUUAGAGCUUUUUGAGCUUGAUGAACUCGAGUCAGCAAUUCAGAAAAUAAAGAGCAAGGUGGGGGCGCAAGCAGCGGAGACUAUAAGCAACGGUGAGGAUCAGAAGGCUGAAUUUUGUGGAACUGACUAG